AUGAACCUCGCUCGUGUCAAAUCAUGUCUGGAGGCCAUGCACCAAUUUGGCCAAGUCAUAGAGAUCUUUCUCAACGUUUCAGACGCGGUCGCCUUCGUCUGGGGUCCUAUGAAGUUCAUCUUGUUGACGGCUAGCACAUUUGCCGACUCAUUCGAACAACUUCUGGACGCAUAUGAGAGAAUUGGCGAACAGCUACCGUUGCUGGUCGAAUACGAAUCAUUGUUUCACAAAUCGCCCCAUAUGAUUGACGCCUUGGAGAUGAUGUAUCUGGACAUCUUGGAUUUCCAUCAACAAACGCUCAAGUUCUUUUCGGGCAGAUUAUGGACUCGGUUCUUCAAAUCCAUGUGGAAGAACUUCCAUACGAAGUUUGAGGGAGUUUUGAGUAGUCUUCGCCGGCACAAAGACAUAGUUGAGUGCCGUGCUAGUCUCGCCCAAUACCGACUCUACCAGGACGACGUAGCCGACUUCCGGGCGAAGCUGGAAGAGAAUGUCAAACGAGAAGAGACCAAGAAGCUGAUGCUCGUCAAAGACUGGCUGGCUGUUGGAGACUUACCUCGAUUCGAUCAUGACAGCUUCUGCAAGAUACGGAGCGAAUGCGCGACCACUGCCAAGUGGGUAACACAGCACGAAACCAUCAAACAUUGGAUACACUCCGAUAUCCCGAACAGUCCCGUCGUCUGGAUCUACGGAAUACCAGGAGCCGGCAAAACGAUACUGGCAUCGGCCAUCGUCGAAGAGUGCAAGGCCAGGCCUGACUUCAUCACCUGCUUCUUUUACUGUCACGAUGGCGAUCCAACGAGUAGCACCGCGGUCGGUUUACUGAAGGGCCUGGCAGAUCAACUACUAGACCAUUAUCCACAGAUGCUGCCUCCCUGCUACACACGGCGUAGCUCGAGUGGAGAACCGUCCCUCAGAUCUCUCAACCAAGCGAAGAGGCUUCUUGAAGACUUUUGCUUCACCAUAUCCAAACUCUUCAUCAUCGUUGAUGGGCUGGACGAGUGUGAAGGGGCGGAGAGAGGCCAAGUGUUGGAUGUAUUAACCGAACUCGUAGGUCAGCGUGAUGCGGUUGAUCCGGGCACUAUCCGCCUUUUGAUCGCGAGUCAAGACCACGCCGAUAUAAGGAGAAAGCUUCACGGCUCCGCUAUUACCAAGAUGGCGCCCAAGAUUCUGCAGAUCUCGGAAAAAGACAACGAGGGCGACAUCAAGGCCUACACCAGGAUGUGGGUAGAUCGAAUUGAGGCAAAGUUUCCAUUGUUCACGGAAGACAUGAAAGAAUACCUUCGUAACCUUAUCGUGGCUAACGCAAAAGGGUCUAAUUCUAAGGCAGGCAUGUUCCUUUACGCCAAAUUGGUUUUGCUCGACCUUCACGCGUGUAUGACGCUAGCGGAGCUUUUGGACUAUAUCAAGACCGAGAACUUUCCUUCAGGACUCGCACAAGCGUAG